UUCUUUCGUGCACUCACGACGCGGUGUUCUUAUCAUUCUCUGUCUCUCUCUCCUCUCUCUAUUUGUAUUCCUUUCCGUGUUGGCCUGCCGUCAGCCGUCAGAUUCCGGCGACUCCAUACCAUUUCCCGCCGGAAAUACGUCAGAUUACCCAGAAACAACGUUCAGAUUGUUGCAAUUCAAAUCGCUUCUGAAAUCGAACUUUUCUUAUCCAUUUUUUCGUGUGAAAAAGGGGUUAAAAUUUCCUAUAGUGUCUGUUGAUCGCUAAAGAUCAAAGCUCUCCAUUGAAGCUUUCGUUAAUGUGUGCGAAAAUUAGGGUUUUGUGUGUUGUUUCAGGAAGGGAUCUUCGGGUGAAAGCGAAAAAAAGUCAUUUUUUUGUUUUUGUUUUUAUGCAUUUUCUGAUAGGAAUUUUUGACCUGCAAUGUUGGUUCAGGUGUCGUGAGAUUUGGAUUUGACCAUUCCUAUAUUUAGCAAUUACAGGUUGAAUAUUCUCGUAAUUCAAAGCAAAUCGAAAAGUGAAGCUUGAUUCGAUCAAUUCGUGUCAAUUUAGGUUGUUUUCGAUACUAUUUCGAUCGUGCAUUGAUUAUAAUUCGGGUGAUUUUUUGUGCAUUUUUAGUUGAAGGUGAAUUAAUUCGAGUCUGCAAUUGAUUGGUGUGAUCAGAUGUGGUAGAAGACUAGGGUUUGCGUGUGAAUGCAUGGGGGGAGGGGAUCGGUAUGUGCAAGGUAGAGAGAGAAAGGAGUGAGGAGAGAGAGAGAAAGGGGAGUUGGGGGAUGGGAUUGAAGUCGUUGGGAGAGAUUAGAGUAGAGAAGCUGAGGAGUUCAAUGGUUUCACGGUCUCGAAUGAAGCUUUGGAUGAUUAGGGCAACCACAACGGUGUUGUUGUGGACUUGUUUGGUUCAGUUAACUGCAUUGGGAGAAUUAUGGGGUCCUAGGGUGUUGAAGGGCUGGCCUUCUUGUUUCUCUCAUGAUUCCGAAGCUUUGGCGGUCAAGUACUCACCGGCAGUUCCGGCAAGAGUUCUUCCACCCAAGAGGGUUUAUAAGAACAAUGGUUACCUGAUGGUUUCGUGCAAUGGAGGGCUUAAUCAAAUGCGGGCAGCGAUUUGCGACAUGGUUGCGAUUGCAAGAUAUUUAAAUGUCACACUUAUCGUUCCUGAGCUGGAUAAAACUUCAUUCUGGGCUGAUCCGAGUGAAUUUCGAGACAUAUUUGAUGUGGAUCAUUUCAUUACUUCCUUAAGAGAUGAGGUUCGGGUAUUGAAAGAGCUGCCUCCUAAGCUUAAGGUGCGAGUGGAGUUAGGCAUGAUUUAUACCAUGCCUCCCAUCAGUUGGUCUGACAUAUCUUACUAUCAUAAUCAGAUACUUCCUCUGAUACAGAAGUACAAAGUUGUGCAUUUAAAUAGAACGGAUGCUCGGCUUGCCAAUAAUGGUCAGCCCAUGGAGAUUCAGAAGUUGCGCUGCCGAGUGAAUUUUGAUGCUCUGAGAUUCACUUCUCAGAUAGAGGAGUUGGGUAGAAGGGUUAUCAGGCUACUAAGGCAAAAUGGUCCUUUUCUAGUACUUCAUCUUAGAUAUGAAAUGGACAUGUUAGCCUUUUCUGGCUGUACUCAAGGCUGCAACAGUGAGGAGGUGGACGAGUUGACAAACAUGAGAUAUGCUUACCCCUGGUGGAAAGAGAAAAUCAUAAAUUCUGAUUUGAAGAGGAAAGAUGGUUUAUGCCCUUUGACACCUGAGGAAACUGCUCUUACACUAAGGGCACUGGACAUUGAUCGUGACAUCCAGAUUUACAUUGCGGCUGGAGAAAUAUAUGGUGGAGACAGGAGAAUGGCUAGUCUUGCAGCAGCUUACCCAAAGCUGGUCAGAAAAGAGACACUGCUGGAACCAUCUGAUCUUAGAUUUUUCCAAAAUCACUCAUCGCAAAUGGCAGCUUUGGAUUAUCUUGUCUCACUGAAGAGUGAUAUUUUUGUUCCUACUUAUGAUGGAAACAUGGCCAAAGUUGUUGAAGGCCAUCGCAGAUACCUCGGGUUCAAGAAGACCAUUCUAUUAGACAGAAGGUUUUUAGUUGAUUUGAUAGACCAAUAUAAUAGUGGAUCUCUGAGUUGGGAUGAGUUCUCAUCUGCUGUUAAGGAAUCCCAUGCAGAACGCAUGGGGAGCGCUACUAGACGGUUGGUGAUUCCGGACAGACCUAAAGAAGAGGAUUAUUUCUACGCCAACCCACACGAGUGUUUGCAAGAAUCAGGUGAUGAAUUAUCAAAUAGUACCUAAAACCUUUAGGAUGUUGUUGCAUUUGAUCAAUUUCCUGCAAAAUUUCGCCACACGUUCAGAGAUAGUAGCUCCCAAUACAAAAACAUAGCGAACUGCAAAAGUUAGAUGUUUUGUUUUGAGGAGGAGAUCUUGAAGAUUAUGGGAGUGAGUUAUGCACUCGGAUGAAGCCGGAAAGGAUAUAUGGAAGGCAGCUGGAGGAUAGUAAGAUCUUUUAAUAUAUUCCGAAAAUUCUAUUCAUGUAUAGAAGCAACCCUGCCAUUUUAGGGUUACUGCAAAAUCAACUGCAGUGCACACAGGGGGAUGCAAAUAUAGAUUUGUUUUACUGAACUUGUGGAUUUAUAGAAAGUUACUGAAGUAUCCAUAGCCAACCAGUUUUGUGUUUAUUUAUUUAUUUAUUUUUGCAUCUUUCAUCUUAUGAUUUUGUAAUAUAUAUAUUGGAUUCGGUAAUCUAUUUGUAGCAAGACUCUGGUUUUACUGUUGACUUGGUCAGGAUUGCUCAA